AUGGUGAUGAAAGCGUCCGUGGAAGACGACGAUUCAGGAUGGGAGCUCAGCAUACCAGAAAAGAUGGAUAAAAGCAGUGCAAACUGGGUGGACAUAACUCAAGAUUUUGUACAAGCUUGCGGAGAAUUAAAGUUGGGAGAACUGCUUCAUGAUAAGCUAUUUGGUCUUUUUGAAGCCAUGUCUGCCAUUGAAAUGAUGGAUCCCAAGAUGGAUGCUGGCAUGAUUGGAAACCAAGUUAAUCGAAAAGUUCUCAAUUUUGAACAAGCUAUCCAGGAAGGCACCAUUAAAAUUAAAGACCUCACCUUGCCUGAAUUGAUAGGGAUAAUGGAUACGUGUUUUUGCUGUUUGAUAACAUGGUUAGAAGGCCACUCCAUGGCACAGACAGUCUUUACAUGUCUUUACGUUCAUAAUCCAGACUUUAUAGAAGAUCCUGCCAUGAAAGCUUUUGCUCUCGGAAUCUUGAAAAUCUGUGACAUUGCAAGGGAAAAAGUAAAUAAAGCUGCUGUUUUUGAAGAGGAAGAUUUUCAAUCAAUGACUUACGGAUUUAAAAUGGCUAACAGUGUGACAGAUCUUCGAGUUACAGGCAUGCUAAAGGAUGUGGAGGAUGACAUGCAAAGAAGAGUAAAGAGUACUCGAAGUCGACAAGGAGAAGAAAGAGAUCCAGAAGUUGAACUAGAACACCAACAGUGUUUAGCAGUAUUCAGCAGGAUGAAAUUUAUUCGAGUGUUACUGACAGUGCUUAUAGCCUUUACUAAGAAAGAGACCAGUGCUGUUGCAGAAGCUCAAAAAUUGAUGGUUCAAGCAGCAGAUCUUCUUUCUGUCAUUCAUAAUUCAUUGCAUCAUGGCAUCCAGGCCCAGAAUGAUACUACAAAAGGAGAUCAUCCAAUUAUGAUGGGCUUUGAGCCCCUUGUUAACCAGAGGCUACUUCCACCUACCUUCCCUCGAUAUGCAAAAAUAAUUAAAAGGGAAGAAAUGGUCAACUAUUUUGCAAGAUUAAUAGAUAGAAUAAAAACUGUCUGUGAAGUAGUCAAUUUAACAAAUUUACAUUGUAUCCUGGAUUUUUUCUGUGAGUUUAGUGAACAAUCACCUUGUGUUCUUUCAAGAUCUCUGUUACAAACCACUUUCUUGGUGGAUAACAAAAAGGUCUUUGGAACUCACCUCAUGCAAGACAUGGUGAAAGAUGCACUUCGAUCUUUUGUCAGUCCUCCAGUGCUUUCCCCAAAGUGCUGCCUAUAUAAUAACCACCAGGCUAAGGAUUGUAUUGAUUCCUUUGUUACUCACUGUGUUCGGCCUUUCUGUAGUCUCAUUCAGAUCCAUGGGCAUAAUAGGGCUCGACAGAGAGACAAGCUCGGUCAUAUUCUCGAGGAAUUUGCCACCUUGCAGGAUGAGGCAGAGAAGGUUGAUGCCGCUCUUCACACCAUGCUGUUGAAACAGGAACCCCAAAGGCAACAUUUGGCCUGCUUAGGUACCUGGGUCCUUUACCAUAACCUCAAAAUUAUGAUACAGUAUCUUCUCAGUGGCUUUGAAUUGGAGCUCUACAGCAUGCACGAGUACUACUACAUAUAUUGGUAUCUGUCUGAAUUCCUUUAUGCAUGGUUGAUGUCGACAUUAAGUCGUGCUGAUGGCUCUCAAAUGGCAGAGGAACGGAUAAUGGAAGAGCAGCAGAAGGGCCGUAGCAGUAAAAAGACUAAGAAAAAGAAGAAAGUUCGCCCUUUGAGCCGAGAAAUCACAAUGAGCCAAGCCUAUCAGAACAUGUGUGCUGGAAUGUUUAAGACCAUGGUAGCAUUUGACAUGGAUGGCAAAGUACGAAAACCCAAGUUUGAGCUUGAUAGUGAACAAGUUCGAUAUGAGCACAGAUUUGCUCCAUUCAACAGCGUAAUGACACCACCCCCAGUGCACUAUCUGCAGUUCAAGGAAAUGUCUGACCUCAAUAAAUACAGCCCUCCCCCCCAGUCUCCAGAACUGUACGUGGCAGCUAGCAAGCACUUCCAGCAGGCCAAAAUGAUCCUGGAGAACCUCCCGAACCCCGACCGCGAGGUCAAUAGAAUUUUAAAGGUUGCCAAACCCAAUUUUGUGGUUAUGAAGUUACUGGCAGGAGGACACAAAAAGGAAUCUAAGGUUCCUCCUGAAUUUGAUUUCUCUGCUCACAAAUAUUUUCCUGUUGUGAAGCUUGUUUGA